AAGAGCAAAACUACACAAACUCUAUACUGAAGCCCUCUCAUGGCAAGCAGACCUUGACAAUUUGGCUCCUGAAAAUUAUGCCAUGAGAAAGAAUACAUUCAAGCAAUUUUGAAGAUAAUAGGUUAUUUUCAGAGUUCGAACAAUGCAGAUAAUGUUCAAGAGUGUAACUUUUUUGAAACUCUGAGCAUUCUUCAAAAUCGUUUUUCAUGGCCAUAUGCAUAUUAAGUGAGGCUCGUGGAGUUUGUCCGGGAUAAUGCCACAUAUUUUAAUUUCGCGGUCCCGUAAUGGGCUGGAUAGUGGCACGAACUUGGAUUGUGACAAUGUGAAGCGAAUGUGCUUCGGGAAUGAACAAGAGGUUGGGGAACACGAUUACUAAAAAGCAAAACCAAUAAUAGCAAUAAUCGCAGAUCUGCUCCCAUGGCUAAGAUAACAGAUGAGAGUAUAUGCACUGCAUUGCCAUUGUUGCAACCGGAUACAAAUUACAAAUUAAUGGUUGGUGAAGUAUUUUGGGUAAUCUGGAAGCAUCCAUAAGUGUCUUCACUCCUGUGGAGCUCACUCGAUAUAAACUAUCAAAUAGCCCUUGUCUCAUUUUUUGACGAACAAAACACAUCAAGUAGAAAACUGCAAAGUUAGAUGUUACUACGUUAAUGGAACAUGCAGCCUGCAUUCUAUGCUUUGAGACGCUAAAGCCAGAGAAGCUUCUAUCUGAUUCACCAAAAACAAUGACUUCAUUCUCGCUCAGGCGUGUCUGUACAUGACUCAUCUAAAGCCUUAAUGAGAGAAUGUUCCCGCAAAUGCCGGCUUACGCUUAUUCGCAUUACCUGUGCUAUAUAAUUGCUGCCCUAGUUGUGCGAGCAGACCACUCUCGGACAAGAAGACAGAGCAGUACUCUACAGCUCGAAGACUUGCUUCAAAGUAAACGAUCAUGGACAUGAACGUGUACUUCCCUCCGAUGCACGCGAUGGAGAGGAGCGUCUGGCCAGGCUGGCCGGUCUGGAACCUCCACGACAAAAGUCUCUUCCAGCAGCUGGAGCGAGACAUGAGGAGCGAGAUCGGGAGGAUGGAGCAAAUCUUCCGUGGAGUCGAUCAGCUCAGCAGCCACACCUGGGCUCCGGGCACCCCCGGAAUCGCACUGCUGCAGCAGCCGGCCGUGAGUGCCGCGUUCCAGAUCGAAGCUCAGCGACAGCAGGGAGACGGGUUUGUCGCGUCCCUGGACGUGCAGGGCUUCUCUCCAAAGGACCUGGCCGUGAAGGUGUCUGGAGACAAGCUGGUGGUGGCCGGACGUCGUGAGGUCAAGCGCGAAGGCAGCGGCGCCUACAGCCACAGCUACCAGGAGUUCCACGAAGCGAUGCAGCUGCCCAAGGACGUGGAUCCACAGAGCGUGAGCUGCUGCCUGACCGACGACGGGAAGCUGAAGAUCAAGGCUCAGCGCCGCGCCCUCCCUGCCGUGACUGCUGGGAGGCUGGUGGCCAUUGAGUGAGCUGAGAAGUGCUCACCAAAACAUUAACAUACGGAAUCUAACGUUAAACGCCCUGCAGAAAGUGCUUGCUUCUUAAAUGCAAAAUUGUAACAAUGCUAAUUGUUCACAUUAACUAUCUGAAGUACAAUACAUCUAAAAUGUUACGAAGUUAAUAAACGAAACAUGCUUAAUUGUUAAAUGAAUAUACUCUUUGAACCCAAUGCCAAUUUCCAGAAGUCAUUGUUUUUCAAUUUGCUUUGCUUUGCCUGCACAUAACGUUAAUUUUGUUCUCGAUUUUAAUGCCAUGCUAUGUUAUAUUAUUUUUAAAUGCCUUUUUAUAAAGAAAAACUUGUGAUCUUUUUUUGCAAGUUCAAUUUAAUUGUUACAGUGGAAAGUCUUUAAAAUAGAGUAAUUUGAUGCUGCAAAAUACAAGAUCCCAGUAUUCAUGGAAGUUUAUGCAUUUUUUCUGUGUCCAAGUUCAAAAUAAAAUCUGCCGUUAAGGGCUGUGAAACUGGCACACAUGAUAAAACCUUCUCUUGGGAAAGGGAGGAUUUCUGACAUCCACUUACCAGCAUACACCGUUCUUUAGCAAUUCCCACAUAUUUGACGAGUCAUUGGUGAGAAUGGCCCAUUAGUCAGCCCCUGCCAAUCACGCUCGAAAGAAAACAGCACCGUUAACGAUAUAUGGAGAAAUGGUGUAGCCGAGUGGUUUUCAAACUCUGUUUUGGCGACUGUACACUCCUUGUUGAAAUUUGUUUCAACCGAGUUACCCCCUUGCCUGACCCAACAUGGUUCUGAGAAAUAAAUAAACGAAUGAUUAACAUAAAUAUUUGCAUCGAUUACCCAUUUUGUCAGGUAUCCUAACGAGCUAGUAACUGCAAGCGAAUAAA